AUGUCGUUACAAGACAAAAUUCUGAGACCGGCGGUGCGGCUCAACACCACGCCAGGCACACUACUAGUCGAGACCCAGCGCCUCCAGCUGCGCCGAACAACGGCCGCGGAUGUGGACCAUUUCGUGCAGUGCGUUGGUGACCCGGAUGUCGAAGCCAUGUUGAGCGACAGAUUUAAAGUACCAGACGGAGUGGAUGACUCAAAACAAUAUCUUCGAGGGGUCAUUGAAGGUCUAGUUAAAGCAGAGCGGCCGAGUGACGACAUAGGCCAAUACCCAGGACCGGUGGUCAUUUUUGCUCUUCCUGGAUCUACAUUUAACGAACACGGGAGCGAGCCUGUUCCCAUUGGAAAUAUGGUUGUGAGGCCUGGUGCAGAUACUGGCUACCGCACAUGGACCAUUGGAUACAUGCUGCAUAGGUCGGCCUGGGGCGGAGGCUGCUGCACCGAAGCAGUAUCAGCACUGGUUCGCUUCCUAUUUGAGACUUGGCCAGAGCUUUUGCGCGUUCAAGCGCAAGUAUACUCGCACAAUCCUGCCAGUAUGAGUGUUCUCAAGAAGGUUGGGUUCAAGGAAGAGGGAAUACUACGAAACGCCACGGAAAAGAAUGGAAAGAUGUUAGAUACCAUUACUUUUGGACUUUUGAGGACCGAUCCGAUAUUAUGCUAG